AAUAUUUUAUUGCAGUGUUGCCGAUUAUCAUCUAAUUAUUAAUUAUAUAGAAUUACUUGUAUUAUUUUGAUCAAAAAACUAAAGAUAAGUGUUGGAGAUAGAACGGGAAUUAUUAUGUAAAUAUUGUACGCAGUGAAACCAGUCGUCAACUACUUAAUUUUAGUGUACUGAGAUUAACAACACAAAUUAUUUUUACAAUUAUGUUUACAAUGAACAUCUGGUUACAAGUAGUUGUGAUUUUUGGAACAGCGGCAACGACUUUAAGUAUAAACCCUCUGUCUCAAGAAUUCAUCGAUUCAAUAAACAAUGCGCAAACCAUGUGGAAGGCGGGCCAAAAUUUUCACGAAAACACCUCAAUGUCAUUCAUUCGUGGUUUAAUGGGUGUGGAUCCCUAUAACAUAUACCACAUGCCCUCACUCAAAACCAUUAAUUUGGAUGGUAUCGAUAUUCCUGAAGAAUUCGACGCGCGUAAAGAAUGGCCUUACUGCCCGACGAUUGGGGAGAUUAGAGAUCAAGGAUCAUGCGGGUCAUGCUGGGCGUUCGGAGCGGUAGAAGCCAUGUCUGACAGGGUAUGCAUCCACUCAAAAGGAGAUAACAUCUUUAGGUUUUCAGCUGAAGAUUUAAUUUCAUGUUGUACAAGUUGUGGAAAGGGAUGCAAAGGGGGACUCACUGGAUCUGCAUGGAACUAUUGGGUUACUACGGGGAUAGUCUCUGGAGAAAAUUAUGGGUCACAUAAGGGUUGCCGACCAUAUCAAAUUCCCCCAUGUGAUCACAAAGUAAAUACAACACAUCCUCCUUCUUGUAAUCAAACCAGUGACACUCCUGCGUGUGUAAAAAAAUGUGAAGACGGUUAUGAAGUUCGAUACAAGGCGGAUCGACAUUUCGGACAGGAGAUUUACAAAAUCGGAAAUAGUGUAGAGGCAAUUCAGAUAGAAAUUAUGACUAAUGGACCAGUAGAAGCAACUUUCAUGGGUUAUGAAGACUUUGUUAGUUACAAAAGCGGUGUUUACAAGCACGUAAAGGGUAAAAGUACUGGACCUCAUGCCGUUAAGAUUUUGGGUUGGGGUGUCGAAAGCAAUACUCCCUACUGGUUAGUCGCAAAUUCUUGGAAUACAGAUUGGGGUGACCUUAAAGGAUUUUUCAAAAUUCUUCGCGGGGUGAAUGAAUGCGGCAUUGAGGCCCAAGUCGUUGCUGGUGUGCCUUAUAAUAGAAAUAAAAUAUCAACAGAUUAAAUACUUUUGGCGAUUGAGGUUUCCAAAAGUUGCGAUUUCUGUAAUGGACUUAUCAAAAACGAUCAAAGUGGUUUACUUAGUUUUUUCACUUUUGGGAACCAAAAUUUUAGCCGUCCAAUGUUUGUUAAAAAAAUAUGCUUUAAGUGGGAUCUUUUGGCACCUAUUUUAGUAAUAUGGUUUCAAAUUGUCCAACUGUUUACAGGGUAUAUGGAUCGGUUUAAAUAUAUUUUCGUUUUUUCGGAAAGAGUCUAACUAUUUUUUAUUGUUUCAACAACGAUAUCUUUAAUUUCCCUGAAGUCAAAAGGACAGAGCAACAUAAUGACAAUGUUUAAACUACGUAUACUAUAAAUUAAUACUUAUUCUUACGUCAACGGAUUGAAUAGUUUAACUUGCAAAGUUGACGUGUCUACAGAUUU